AUGGCUCUAGACUUGGGCUUGGGUAAGAGGCCACGGAAUCGAAAUAGGCGACAGCCACCCAAGCCUGCAGUCAUCCCAGAUUAUGAACCACAAAGAGCCAUUGAACCUAACAUGAUGUCCUCCCCACAAAAACCUGCCCCAGAUAGCUCUACCAUCGAGAACCGACGUACCAUAUUAGCAUGUUACCUUCAGUGCGCCAGUGUCUCCAUGAGCUUACGAUUACCAAAUGCCCUACGUUUCACUUCCUACAUGGCGGAAUGUCUCGAAGUCCUUGAAAAUUCACCCGAUGCCGCUCCGACCGAUAAAAGAUUUGCAGCUUGGGUACGCCUUCAGCGUCUGGUCGAAGACGCGGUCAAUGCCUUCGCUCUCGAUGACCCUGAAAGCACCGUUUCACUUGUCGACAUCCGAAUUCAAAAUCAGUUGAAAGGUUACGAACAUCAAAUGAAGGAGUACCUCCGCAAUCUAGAACCGGGAGUAAUGAACAGCUUUCUUGAAGUCAACUUUCAUGUCAACAACGUCUUCCUCCACGAAAUCAGCAUGCACCCAGAUCACGAACCCGAAGAUUUUAGGCCACCUUUCUACGUUGCCACACAAAUAAUUUCAAACAUUCCAACCAAUCAAAAUCCUCAUUAUGUCAAUGCCAUUAUGGAAUGUGUUUCUUCUGCCCAGUCAGUCCUAAAUUUGUUCCUGAAAAUGCCACUGGACACCAUCAGGGCGCUGCCAGCUCUGAUCUUCGUCCGGGCAAUCUACAGCUGUGUCGUUCUCAUCAAACUUGAGAUAAGUACCAACGCACCUGGUAGCGAGCUUGCGAACGUGCUAGACCAGAAAAGCCUUAAGGUUCCGGCUUACUUACAGAAGGUCAUCGCGCAGAUGGUUGCUAUUGUAGGCAACGAAGGCAAAUUCAUCAUUGCUGCCAAAUUCAUGUUGAUCGUAAAGCGACUGGUCGAAUGGUAUCGGAAUUACAAAACGCAAUUAGCCGCUGGCACCGAGCAAGACACGAUACCUUUCCAGCCUCCAAAACCUCCGACGCAAGUUCCUCAGCAACCCCAGCAAUCGUCCCAGCCUCAAUCCACGCUUCCACAAUUCAACACACUUCCUCCCCAACAAUUUCAAAACUUCUCACCUCCACCACAACAGCAAUCACAGCAGCAACUGCCGCCCUCCGCUCAAAAUUUCAACACCUUCCAAGCCCCAAUCUUCACAUCAUCACCUCCCCCAACGUCACCGCCUCAACCACAACAACCCUAUGACUUCCACGGCGCGAUGCUCGCCACAAACACUUCCUCCCCUAAUAGCGGCGCAAGCGACUACAACAGCCCCGAAUACGGUCCUUCAGAUGGCGCAAUCCCCCCAGGUGACGAAAGCAGCAGCCUAAGCGCCAAAAUGGAAGUGGAUCCCAAUUUCUUCAGCCAGCUGCAGAAUAUAGAGCAGCCGUUCGCGUUUAACCCGGACCCUAAUGAUUGGAUGUUCGACCCACAGGGUAUGAUGGGGCUGGGCGACAUGGGUGGGAUGGGCAUGGGGAUGGGGGCGGGUGCGCCGGAGUUUGAAUGGGGGCCCCUGGGGGAGGGUCAGGCUACGGGUGUGCCGUCAUAG